AUGUACCUAAACUCGUGGUCUAACCCAACUAUAGGAAAUAUUAAGCUGAAUACGUAUGGCUGCUGGUAUGACUCUAAUGGAAUAGGAGGGUUUGGAGGCUUAUUCAGAAACCACUUGGGAGAUUGGAUCAUGAGAUACUAUGGCAAGAGAAGAUUUAAUUCGAGCUUGGAGGCAGAGCUAUGGAGCAUACACAAGGGACUUGAAAUCAUAUUAGAAAGGAAGCUGGAAAAUGUGAAGAUCGAAUCAGACUCACCCAUAGCGGUGAACCUCAUCACAGAAGGAAACCCAGACAAUCACCCCAGAGUGUUGGGAGCUAAACACACGGAAGAUCUUGUGUUUGUUACGGACAUGCCUAUCGCAAUGAGAGAAUUUGUAAUUAGAGAUAGCCUGAAUAUCAGAUACCACCCUGUCAAAUGA